AUGGCUGCGUCAGCUGUGUCUGCCAAGUUCGUCACCCCUGCCCAGGCUGUGUCCAAGGGCUUUGGCGACUUUGAUGGCUUGAAGAGCACCAAUGUGGCCUCUUUUGGCAAGAAGUCCGAGGACUUCAUUGCUCGUGUCGGCGCUCAGACUGCUGCGGCUCCCGCUUCUGCCACCCGCGCAGUUGCUGAGGCCAAGAUCAAGGUGGCCAUCAAUGGGUUUGGACGUAUUGGCCGCAACUUCGUCCGCUGCUGGCACGGAAGGGAAGACUCUCCUCUCGAGAUUGUUGCCAUCAACGACUCUGGCGGAGUGAAGCAGGCCUCCCACCUGCUGAAGUACGACUCCAUGCUCGGCACCUUCGCGGCUGACGUGAAGGUCGUCAACGACAAGGCGAUUUCCGUCGAUGGAAAGGAGAUCAAGAUUGUGUCCGACCGCAACCCUCUGAACCUGCCGUGGGGGGAGCUGGGCGUUGACCUCGUCAUCGAGGGAACCGGUGUUUUCAUCGAUAACGAGGGUGCUGGCAAGCACAUCAAGGCAGGUGCCAAGAAGGUGCUCAUCACUGCUCCUGGCAAGGGUGCCAUCCCGACGUACGUGAUUGGUGUCAACGCUGACCAGUACACGCACGCCGACGCCAUCAUUUCCAACGCGUCUUGCACCACCAACUGCCUCGCUCCCUUCGUCAAGGUCCUGGAUGAGAAGUUCGGAAUUGUGAAGGGUACCAUGACUACCACCCACUCGUACACUGGUGACCAACGUCUUCUGGAUGCUUCUCACCGUGACCUUCGUCGUGCUCGUGCGGCUGCUCUUAACAUUGUGCCAACUUCGACUGGUGCUGCGAAGGCCGUCGCCCUCGUGCUUCCCAACCUGAAGGGGAAGCUGAACGGUAUCGCUCUCCGCGUGCCCACUCCCAACGUUUCUAUUGUUGACCUGGUCAUCCAAACCGAGAAGAAGACUUUCGCCGAGGAGGUCAACGCAGCCUUCCGUGAGGCCGCCAACGGCCCACUCAAGGGUGUUCUUGCGGUGUGCGACGAGCCUCUUGUGUCGGUUGACUUCAGGUGCUCAGACGUGUCUUCCACGAUCGACGCAUCCUUGACCAUGGUUAUGGGUGACGAUAUGGUGAAGGUCGUUGCAUGGUACGACAACGAGUGGGGCUAUUCCCAGCGCGUUGUUGACCUCGCUAACCUCGUUGCUGAGAAGUGGGAGUAG